AUGGGGCGGCCGCUCGCUGCUCUGGUGGCCGUCCGCCUGGCCCUGGCCCUGGCCCUGGCUGGGGGCUCCGAGCUCCAGAGAGAAGGCCGGGCCCGAAAUCAUGGCCACAACGUCUGCAGCACCUGGGGCGACUUCCACUACAAGACCUUCGACGGCGACGUCUUCCGCUUCCCCGGCCUCUGCGACUACAACUUUGCCUCUGACUGCCGAGACGCCUACAAGGAAUUUGCUGUGCACCUGAAACGGGGCCUGGGCGAGGGCGGCGGUCCCCCCCGGGUGGAGUCCGUCCUUCUCACCAUCAAGGACGACACCAUCUACCUCACACACCAGCUGGCCGUGGUGAACGGGGCCAUGGUCAGCACCCCACACUACAGCUCUGGGCUGCUCAUCGAGAAGAACGACGCCUACACCAAAGUCUACUCCCGGGCCGGCCUGGUCCUCAUGUGGAACCGCGAGGACGCCGUCAUGCUGGAGCUGGACGGCAGGUUCCGGAACCACACCUGCGGCCUCUGUGGGGACUACAACGGCCUGCAGACCUACUCGGAAUUCCUCUCGGAAGGCAUCAGCUUCAGCGCCCUGGAGUUUGGGAACCUGCAGAAGAUCAACAAGCCAGGAGUGGAGUGCGACGACCCGGGGGAGGCGCCGGCCCCCGAGGCCUGCUCCGAGCACCGAGCCGAGUGCGAGCGGCUGUUGACCGCCUCCGCCUUUGAGGACUGCCAGGCGCGGGUGCCCGUGGAGCUGUACGUGCGGGCCUGCGAGCAGGACCGCUGCCGGUGCCCGCCCGGGGGCGCCUGCGAGUGCAGCACCGUCGCCGAGUUCUCCCGCCAGUGCUCCCACGCGGGCGGCCGGCCCGGGAGCUGGAGGACCGCCUCGCUCUGCCCCAAGAGCUGCCCCGGGAACAUGGUUUACCUGGAGAGCGGCUCGCCCUGCAUGGACACCUGCUCGCACCUGGAGGUCAGCAGCCUGUGUGAGGAGCACCGCAUGGAUGGCUGCUUCUGCCCGGAAGGCACUGUGUACGACGACAUCACGGGGGGCGGCUGUGUCCCUGUGAGCCAGUGCCACUGCAGGCUGCAUGGACACCUGUACAUGCCGGGCCAGGAGGUCAGCAACGACUGUGAGCAGUGCACCUGCCGCGCCGGCCGCUGGGUGUGUGAGGACCUGCCCUGCCCGGGGACCUGCGCCCUGGAGGGCGGGGCUCACAUCUCCACUUUUGACGGGAAGAAGUUCACCUUCCACGGGGACUGCUACUAUGUCCUGACCAAGGGAGAUCACAACGACUCCUUCGCCCUCCUGGGAGAGUUGGCCCCAUGCGGCUCCACCGACAAGCAGACCUGCCUAAAGACCGUGGUGCUGCUGAUGGACAAGAAUAAGAAUGUGGUGGCCUUUAAGUCCGAUGGCAGUGUGCUGCUCAAUGAGCUGGAGGUGACCCUGCCCCACGUGGCUGCAAGCUUCGCUGUCUUCCAACCCUCUUCCUACCACAUUGUUGUGAACACGGUGUUCGGGCUGCGGCUGCAGGUGCAGCUGGUUCCGGUCAUGCAGCUCUUUGUGACUCUGGACCAGGCUUCCCAGGGGCAGGUGCAGGGCCUCUGUGGGAACUUCAAUGGCCUGGAAAGCGAUGACUUCAUGACGUCCGGUGGGCUGGUGGAGGCUACGGGUGCCGGCUUCGCCAACACCUGGAAGGCCCAGACAAGCUGCCACGACAAGCUGGACUGGCUGGAUGACCCGUGCUCCCUCAACAUCGAGACCAACUACGCCGAGCACUGGUGCUCCCUCCUGCGGAGGGCCGAGACCCCCUUUGGCAAGUGCCACCUGGCCGUGGACCCCACCGAAUACUACAAGAGGUGCAAAUACGACACGUGCAACUGUCAGAACAAUGAAGACUGCCUGUGCGCGGCCCUGUCCUCCUACGCGCGGGCCUGCGCGGCCAAGGGCGUCAUGCUCUGGGGCUGGCGGGAGCGCGUCUGCAACAAGGACGUGGGCUCCUGCCCCAACUCCCAGGUCUUCCUGUACAACCUGACCACCUGCCAGCAAACCUGCCGCUCGCUCUCCGAAGGGGACACCCACUGCCUCAAGGGCUUUGCCCCGGUGGACGGCUGCGGCUGCCCGGACCACACCUUCCUGGACGAGAAGGGCCGCUGCGUGCCCCUGGCCAAGUGCUCCUGCUACCACCACGGCCUCUACCUGGAGGCUGGAGAAGUGAUCCUGCGGCAGGAGGAGCGCUGCGUUUGCCAGAAUGGAAGGCUGAAUUGCAGGCGGGUCAAGUUGCUGAGCCAGAGCUGUAAGGCCCCAAAGAUCCUCGUUGACUGCAGCAACCUGACUGCGCUGGCCACUCAGAACCCCCGUCCAAGGAGCUGCCAGGCACUGGUGGCUGGCUAUUACCACAUGGAGUGUGUCAGCGGCUGCGUGUGCCCCAACGGGCUUCUGGACGACGGCCGCGGGGGCUGCGUGGUGGAGGAGGAGUGCCCGUGCGUGCACAACAAGGACCUGUACCUCCCGGGGGACCGGAUCAGCCUGGACUGCAACAACACCUGCGUCUGCCAGAAGGGGCGCUGGGCGUGCACGGAGUACGCGUGCCACGGCACCUGCUCCAUCUACGGGAGCGGCCACUUCAUCACCUUCGAUGGGAAGCACUAUGACUUCGACGGGCACUGCUCCUACGUGGCCGUGCAGGACUACUGCGGUCAGAACUCCUCCGGGGGCUCCUUCAGCAUCGUCACCGAGAACGUGCCCUGCGGCACCACGGGGGUCACCUGCUCCAAGGCCAUCAAGAUCUUCAUAGGGGGGACGGAGCUGAAGCUGGAGGACGGGCACCGCGUGGUGAAGCAGCUGGAGGAGGGCCACCACGUGCCCUACAUCACGCGGGAGGUGGGCCAGUACCUGGUGGUGGAGGCCAGCACCGGCAUCAUCGUCAUCUGGGACAAGAAGACCACGCUCUUCAUCAGGCUGGCUCCUUCCUACAAGGGCACGGUGUGCGGCCUGUGCGGGAACUUUGACGACCGCACCAGCAACGACUUCACCACGCGGGACCACAUGGUGGUGAGCGGCGAGCUGGACUUCGGGAACAGCUGGAAGGAGGCGUCCACCUGCCCGGACGUGAGCGGCACCCCGGACCCCUGCAGCGCGAACCCCCACCGCCGCUCCUGGGCUGAGAAGCAGUGCAGCAUCAUCAAGAGCAGAGUGUUCCGGGGGUGCCACAGCAAGGUGGACCCCACCGUCUUCUACGAGGCCUGCGUGCACGACUCCUGCUCGUGCGACACGGGCGGGGACUGCGAGUGCUUCUGCUCGGCCGUGGCCUCCUACGCCCAGGAGUGCACCAAGGCCGAGGCCUGCGUGUUCUGGAGGACGCCAGACCUGUGUCCCAUAUUCUGCGAUUACUACAACCCCCCGGACGAGUGUGAGUGGCACUAUGAGCCCUGUGGGAACCGCAGCUUCGAGACCUGCAGGACCAUCAACGGCAUCCACUCAAACAUCUCCGUGUCCCACCUGGAGGGCUGCUACCCCCGGUGCCCUCGGGAAAGACCCAUCUACGACGAGGACCAGAAGAAGUGUGUCACCGGGGACCAGUGUGGCUGCUACAUCGAGGACACCCACUACCCACCCGGAGCCCCCAUCCCCUCCGAGGACAUCUGCACGUCCUGCAUGUGCUCGACUUCCUCCCAGAUCACCUGCCAGAUAGACGAAGACAAAGUCGUCAACGUGACCCAGGACGGCGUCUUCUGCUACUGGGACAUCUGCGGCCCCAACGGAACGGUGGAGCAUCGUUUCAACAUCUGCAGCUCCUCCACCACCCCCCCCUCGACCACCCCGACCAGCGCGAUCACCACCUCCUUCACCACGCCCACGCCGCUCUCCACCACCACCACCCCCACGGCCACCGCCACCCCCAGCGCAGACUGGUGCUGCUACUGGUCUAACUGGAUCAAUGAAGACCACCCAAAGACUGGCAUCGAUGGAGGUGACCAUGAGACGUUCAAGGGUGUCUGCAUGGCUCCUGAAGACAUUGAGUGCAGGUCAGCCGCAGAGCCCCACCUCAACUGGACAGAGUUAAAGCAGAAGGUGCAAUGCAACGUCACACACGGGUUGGCUUGCGAGAAUGAAGACCAGUUGGAAGGAGUUGGAUUAUGGGAUCUCUGCUAUGACUACGAGAUACGAGUCAAGUGUUGCCUGCCAUGGCAUCUGUGUUUCUCCACCACCUCACCUACAACUACCACCCCUACAACUACCACCACCACCACCACCACCACAACAUCCACCACUACACCAACAUCGACCCCACCCACCUCUACAACUCCAACACCAACCCCUACCACCCCACCGACCUCCACCUCCACCACUUCACCAACACCAACCACCACCACUCCACCAACUCCCACCUCCACCACUCCACCAACUUCUGCCUCUACUUCUUCACCAACAUCAACAUCUACCACCCCACCAAUUUCCACAUCUACUAUUUCUCCAACACCAACUCCUACCACCCCGCCAACUUCCACAACCACUACCUCUCCAACACCAACACCUACCACCCCGUCCACUUCCACCACCCCUCCGACAACAUGUCCAUGCCUUUGGACUGGCUGGUGGGAUUCUGGUAAACUCUAUCCUAAUAAGACAGGUGAUUUUGAAUUGGUUGGAAGUGUCUGUGGUGGCUUGGCGCUGGACAUCUCCUGCAGAGCUGUGGAGUAUCCCAGCACUCCAAUUGAGCAGCUAGGACAAAGAGUGGUAUGUGAUCCCUCUAUUGGGCUGGUAUGCAAAAAUGAGGACCAGAAGGGAAGUGAGAUUUUCCCAGUUCCCAUCUGCCUUAACUAUGAGAUCAAUGUCUACUGCUGUGAUUGUGGAACUACCACCCCACCAACGUCUACUUCUACUACGUCUCCAACACCAACAACAACCACCCCAUCAACUUCCACUUCUACUACUUCUCCAACGCCAACACCUACCACCCCACCACCUUCCACUUCUAGUACUUCUCCAACACCAGCAACGACCACUCCACCAACUUCCACUUCUACUACUUCUCCAACACCAACACCAACCACUCCACCAACUUCCACAUCUACUACUUCUCCAACACCAGCAACUACCACCCCACCAACUUCCACUUCUACUACUUCUCCAACGCCAACACCUACCACCCCACCAACUUCCACUUCUACAACUACCACUCCACCAACUUCCACUUCUACUACUUCUCCAACGCCAACACCCACCACCCCACCGACUUCCACUUCUACUACUUCUCCAACACCAACACCGACCACUCCACCAACUUCCACUUCUACUACUUCUCCAACACCAACUCCUACCACCCCGCCACCUUCCACUUCUAGUACUUCUCCAACACCAGCAACGACCACUCCACCAACUUCCACUUCGACUUCUCCAACACCAGCCUCCACCACCCCGACCACCCCGCGGACCACCAGUACCUCGGUCUCCUGGGGCUCCACUGCCUCGGUCAGCCCGCUCACCUCCCCCAGCACCUGGUGGACCAGCAGUGCCACACAGAUCACCUGCUGUGUGCUGAAUGACACGUUCUAUGGCCCAGGAGAGGUGAUCUCCAACCACACCUCCGGGGGCAACUGCUAUCAGGCCAACUGUACCAUCGACUGCCAAGUCCUCACGACCACCUGGCCCUGCCCCUCCACGCCCUCCCCCCCCCUCACGCCCCCCUCCCCCACCCCCCCCACAACCACACCCUCCACCACCACCAGCACCAGCCAGGGGCCGCCCCCCGACUGCCCAGACUUUGAUCCUCCGAGGCAGGUGAAUGAGACCUGGUGGUUGUGCGAAUGCUACAUGGCCACGUGCAAGUACAACAACACCGUGGAGAUCGAGAAGGUGGAGUGCGAUCCCCCGCCGAAGCCCACGUGCUCCAACGGCCUGCCGCCGGUGCGCGUGGAGGACCCCGACGGCUGCUGCUGGCACUGGGAGUGCGACUGUUACUGCACCGGCUGGGGCGACCCUCACUACAUGACCUUCGACGGCCUGUACUACAGCUACCAGGGCAACUGCACCUACGUGCUGGUGGAGGAAGUCUCCCCCACGGUGGACAACUUCGGGGUGUACAUCGACAACUACCACUGCGACGCCAACGACAAGGUGUCCUGCCCCCGCACGCUCAUCGUGCGCCACGAGACCCAGGAGGUGCUCGUCAAGACCGUGCAGAUGGCGCCCAUAAAGAUGCAGGUGCAGGUCAACAAGCAGGCGGUGGCGUUGCCCUACAAGAAGUAUGGGGUCGAGGUGUACGAGUCAGGCAUCAACUUCAUGGUGAACAUCUCCAGGCUGGGCGCCCUCAUCUCCUACAACGGCCUCUCUUUCUCCAUCCGGCUGCCCUACCGGCUGUUUGGCAACAACACCAAGGGCCAGUGCGGCACCUGCACCAACAACACGGCGGACGACUGCGUGCUGCCGAGCGGGGAGGUGGUCUCCGACUGCGAGCUGGCCGCCGACCAGUGGGUGGUGGACGACCCCUCCAAGCCGCACUGUCCCCACGCCGGCUCCACCACCCAGCGCCCGUCCACCACCGCCGCGGGGCUCCGCAAGACCACCAGGCCCCAGGACUGCCCCGGCUCCCCGCUCUGCCAGCUCAUCAAGGACAGCUUGUUCUCGCCCUGCCACGCCGUGGUGCCCCCCCAGCACUACUACGACGCCUGCGUGUUCGACAGCUGCUUCGUGCCCGACGGCGGCCUGGAGUGUGCCAGCGUGCAGAUCUACGCGGCCCUCUGCGCCCAGGAGGGCGUCUGCAUCGACUGGCGGAACCACACCCACGGGGCCUGCCCCAUGACGUGCCCGCCACACCGGGAGUACCGGGCCUGUGGUCCCACCGAAGAACCCACCUGCAACCCCGCCCCGGAGGACUCCGAGAGGCUGGUGGAAGGCUGCUUCUGCCCCGAAGGCACCGUGAACUAUGCCCCUGGCUUUGACGUUUGCGUGAACACGUGCGGCUGCAUGGGACCUGACAAUGUGCCCCGAGAGUUUGGGGAGCGCUUCACGUUCGACUGCAAGGACUGUGUCUGCCUGGAGGGUGGGAGCGGCAUCAUCUGCCAACCCCGCGUGUGCGCGCAGAAGGGCCCCUCCCGGUGCACCGAGGACGGCACCUACCUGGUCACAGAGAUCGACCCAGCCGACCCCUGCUGCAGCACCUCCUCCUGCAAGUGCAACACCAGCCUGUGCCAAGAGGAGCCCCCCUCGUGCCUGCUGGGAUUCGAGGUGAAGAGGAGGACGGUGCCUGGACGCUGCUGCCCGGUCUACUCCUGUGAGCCCAAAGGUGUGUGUGUGCACCAGAAUGCCGAGUACCAGCCUGGCUCUCCAGUGUACUCCUCCAAGUGUGAAGACUGCGUGUGCACCCAUGCCAAGGACAACAACACCCGGUUCAACGUGAUCACCUGCACCCACGUGCCCUGCAACAGCUCCUGCAGCCGGUAAGCCCCCGGCCCACUCCCUGCCUCAGGCUUCGACCUCGUGGACGUCCCCGGUGAGUGCUGCAAGAAGUGCCAGCAGACGCAGUGUGUCGUGGAGAGGCCCAACGGCCAGUUCCUCAUCCUGGAGCCCGGGGAGACGCGGGAAAACCUCGACGACAAGUGUACCUACUUCACCUGCACCAAGAUCAACAGCCAGCUCACCUCCUUCGUCUCCAGAAUCAUGUGCCCUGAGUUCGACGAGAGCAGCUGUGUCCCGGGCUCCGUCACGUUCAUGCCCAAUGGAUGCUGUAAGACCUGCAUUCCCCGCAACCAGACAAGGGCGCCCUGCUCCACCCUGCGCGUCACGAAGGAAAUCUCACACGACGGCUGCGCCAGGAACGUCAGCAUGAACUACUGCUCCGGGUCCUGUGGGACCUCCGCCAUGUACUCCGCCCAAGCCCAGUCCCUGGACCACCAGUGCUCUUGCUGCAAGGAGGGGAGGACCAGCCAGCGCGAGGUGAGCCUGGACUGCCCCGACGGCGGCUCGCUGCGGUACACCUACACGCACAUCGAGAGCUGCCGGUGCCAGGACACCGUCUGCGAGCUGCCCCGGGCCCCGCGCAGCCGGGCCCGCCGCGCCAGCCCCCGCCUCCCGGGCGGGAACUGA